AUGUUGCAGUUUCUCGAACAAGACAAGGAAUCAGUAGAAUGGCUCAACAGUUUUCUGCAAAAGUUUUGGGUCAUCUUCGAACCCGUCAUGAGCGCCUAUGUGAUUGAUAACAUCGAUACAUACCUCGUUGACUACCUCCCUGGGUUUCUCGACUCCGUGCGUCUGACGACUUUUACGCUGGGAACUAAACCAUUUCGUGUCGAGAGCGUUCGCAUGUUGCCGGAGCCAGGACCAGAUACUGUGACAAUGGAUUGGAUUGUCAGCUUCAAGCCAAACGACAUUUCCGAUAUGACCAGAAAACAGGUCGAGCACAAGGUGAAUCCAAAGGUCAUGCUCACUAUCCGACUAGGAAAGGGUAUGGUCGGUGCUGGUAUCCCUGUGCUCGUUGAAGAUAUGAGCUUUCAAGGAGCCAUGCGUAUCAAGCUCAAGUUUAUGAGUAAUUUCCCACACGUCAAGAUGGUUGAAGCUUGCUUUUUGAAAAAGCCGCAUUUUGAUUACGUGCUCAAGCCUAUCGGUGGCGAGACGUUUGGUCUGGAUGUAACCAAUAUACCCGGUCUGCAAAGUUUUGUUCGCGAUCAAGUACACGCUAUCCUUGGUCCGAUGAUGUAUUACCCCAAUGUCUUUUCCUUUGACGUGGAAAAGUUCUUUUCUGGCGAAUUGGAUAUCACACAAGCCAACGGUGUUCUUGCUGUCACUGUUUAUUCGACCACGACCAUCAAUUCACGGGAUGUCUCUUGGACUGUCAACCCAUAUAUCCGAUUCUAUCUGGAUAAGGCACAGGAGCUGGGUCGCACUUCUGUACAAGAAAAUACACUUGACCCUCGAUGGAACGAAACUCACUUUUUGAUGCUGAAUAGCUUGACUUCCACUCUGUCACUUGAGCUGCGAAACCAAUCAAGCGGCACCAAAGAUCGACGUAUUGCACGCGCGCAUUUCGAGCUUAAAGAAUUGGACGAGGACGAUGAUUAUAGUCUUCAGGAUAUGGACCUUGACUUACGACACAAUGGCAAGCCCAUUGGACAAAUCAAAGUGGAUAUGCGCUACAUGCCUGUAUCGAAACCUAUACCCCGAGAUGAUGGCACUGUCGAACCAGCAGCAGAAUCAAAUUCUGGCAUUCUACGAUUCACUGUGCACGAGUGCAGAAAACUUGGAUCCAUGCGCUUAAACCCGUAUGUCCGUGUUACUAUCAAUGGCGCAGAGCGAAUCAAUACACCCAUUUUUAAGAGAAACCCUAAUCCCAAGUUUGAACGCUCGGGUGAAGUGGUUGUGCUGGACCAGACCGCAGUGUUUAUUCGCGUUGAAGUCAAGGACAGUAUCAGUCUUGCUGAAGAUCCGAUCAUUGGUGUGUGGCGAAGCUAUCUCGUUGACAUGAUCCAAGAUAUGGACAAUAAUCCCGAUGGCUGGUGGGAUCUCGCACUUGAUAAUGGAAAUAAAGCAAUGGGCCGUAUUCGUUUAGGAUUCCAGUGGAAGCCUGUGGUGAUGACUGGCCUGUCCGAAGCAAUGGGUGGACGCGGUUUAUACAUGCCACCAAUUGGUGUUGUACGAUUAACAUUCUGGCCCGCCCGGGAUCUCAAAAACGUUGAUGGUGUUGCUGGCAAGUCAGAUCCGUAUGUGCGUGUAUUAUCUGGAUCGCAGAUCCGUACACGUACGGAAGUCAUUGAUAACAACUUGGACCCCGAGUGGGGAGAGACGCAAUAUGUGCCGAUCCAUUCCAACAAGGAAGACCUCAAACUUGAAGUUAUGGAUUGGAAUGCAAAGACAAAGGACAAGUCACUUGGUUUUACCACAUUGCGUAUGGUUGAUCUUGUAAAGCAGUGCACAGGCAAUCAGCCAAAGAAUCCAGACAAGUGGUAUGAAUACUCAUCGGACCGCAAUACAGCAAAAGGCGAGCUUCAAUACACGGCCGAGUUUCAUCCUACGCUUGCAUUGCCAAGAAGGCAAGCCGAGCUGCCAACAGCUGAUCUCCAUGGUGUGCCGAUCCGCUACACUCCCGACGAUAUUGUCGACCUCUCUGUGUACAACUCCGGCGUACUGACAGUUAAAAUCCACGAAGUCAAGAUGCCUACCGUCAGCCAUGCCUACUGCCAAAUACUAAUCGACGCGCUGAUGCCUCAGUUCCAGACCCAGAAGCUCAAGGGACGAACCUUGACUUUUAACGAAACGGGCGACGCAUUUGUGAAAGAAGCAGACUUUUCGCGAGUUGCUAUCGAGAUCAAGCCAGCUGAUUCGGAUGACAAGGACGAUCUGAAACUGGGUUACUGGGUGGAUCAAGUGACCAACAUUGUGCGCCGCAUCCAAUCCAACAGACGCAGUGGCGACGAGGACGAGGAAGGAGAAUGGUUCCAGCUGCUCGGGACAACGAUCCCCGGUGGCUGGAUUCGUCUCAGCUUUGACUACACGCCUCUUGUCAACUUUACCCUGAAUCCAGACGAAAGCCUUGACAAUCAAGGACAGUUGACGGUGACGUUGCUUGACGCAAAGGAGCUCAUGGCAGCAGACAAAUCCGGAACCAGCGACCCAUAUGUUGUAUUCACUGUGAACGGCGAGCGCGUACACAAGAGUGCCACAAUCAAAAAGACAAUAAAUCCUGCAUGGAAGAAUGAAACGUUCACGGUGCCGAUCCAAUCACGGGUCACGGCCAGUUUUAGAAUCGAGGUUUUUGACUGGAAUCAGUUCCUCGGUGAUACGCCGCUUGGCUCGGGCGGUAUCUCCAUCCGUGGCGACUUUGUCGAGAGCUUUGUUGCCAAGCAGGUCAGAAUUCCCCUGGAUGGCGUUGCCGGGGUGAGCGGCCAUGUGCGCGUGCGGUUCUUAUGGCAACCCCAGCUGCUUAUCCGCAAGAAGACACAUACUUCGAUCCUUGGCACUACCACUGUGAAUAUGAACACGUCAACAAACAGCAGCAGCAGCAGCAGCAAUAUGCUCUCUCCUACAUCUGCAGCAACCAUGCGACCCUCUCCUACAUCCGCAUCCUCCAUAGUGUCCAUGCAGGACCGAAGGAGCAUUGACACCAUGUCGAUAAACGAAGACGCACUGGCAGCACAGCAAGGUGAUGGCACUGCCACGGGAAUGGACGGUACGGCGACAGUACAGCUGAUCGAAGCACGCAACCUCCGAGGGCCAACGCCGCUAAAUAUCAAGGUUAAAGACUAUAACCGAUUCAGCACAUCGGUUGAACUUGGACAGUGCCAGUGGAACCUGUGGGACCUGCUGCGACCACAAGAUCAAGUGACGAGCGUCGACCGCUGGUUGCCCCUCUAUCCCACAGGACACGGCGAAAUCCACGUCAGGAUUGAUUUUUCGGGUCUGGUGAAUAACUGCACCUUUUUCAUUUGUGCUUGA